CGCUGCGGACGAUACUCGCACACUCAAUUAGACGUUGAACUGUACUCUUUUAAAUGAUUUUGACUAAAAAUUUAUAAGUGCAACUAAUGAACGGCGCAAAUAAUUCAAAUAUUUGAUUUUUUCGUUUCUCUUUUUCAGGAACGUGCCUCGAGAACGUGUUGUUUUUCUACUAUUGAGCAUGCGCACAUCGGACUGAUGACGUAUAUCACAUGUUGAUGCAUCUUUGGAACUCUCGCGUGUAAAAAGUUCUUGGCUGGUCGAUCCCUCGCCACUACCGGAGUAUUUAUCGACAAGCGAGUGGAAAGAAGAAGAAAAGGAGAGAAAAAAAAAAGCGCAUUGCACGAUGUUAUGAAAGCGAAAGAUAAAGAACAAGUCCUUUGAAGCAAUUAUUUUUGUAUGACUAAAAGGGCAGUAUUUCAAACUGAGUAUGGCAAUGCCAGUGUUGGUAAAUUUAAAUUGCCGACUUCUCGGAAGAUAUCAACGCAAUGUUGGCUUUUUUGGGCGUUUUUUUAGAUGUGAGACAUUAACAUGGGGAGUGAAACAAUACAGAAAUAUACGUUGUUGCUUAUCCCAAAAUGCAAACAUGUCCUCUUUGCUUAAACGAAUGAAUCAUACUAAAAGACACGCGCUAUCUACCAGAUCAAGAGCAGAUUUUUCGUCACAAAUUUCGGGGACUGCCGCAGAAAAGUUAUCUUCAGAAUCUCUUAUAGAAGCCUGGUUUAGUGAGGUGAGCCCGUAUGGAACACUAACUGUGCAAAAUUUUCCUUUCAAAGUGCACAUUCACCCCUUAAAUCUCACAGAUUAUCCGGACAUGAACAAGAGUAUUGUAAAGAUGUAUUACGAUUCUGAAUGUGACAGUGGCAAUCGAGAGAAUAUCUCGGGAAGAAAACUAAGCGAAAUUGGGAAAGUGUAUGAAAUGAACGUUUCAGUCUCUGAGGAUGGAGAAAAGAUGCAUAUCACCUGCAAGCAACCGCCUGGUGUCACGUUGCCAGUAGUGUGUGAAAUGUUCUUACCCAUGAGAUUUGGAAUCACCAUGGUGAGUGACCAUGAUAUAAGCAUCAGUGAUAUGGAAAGUGACAAUAUCACUAUUCAUCUUCUAAAUGGUGACUGCCAUCUGAAACAUAUAAAGAGUGGAGCAGUGUCUGUGAGUUGUGAUAAAGGCAACAUAACCACUGAAGGUCAUUUGUUGGGCAACAUUUGGUUGCACUGUGGAAGACAAGGAAAAAUCGUAGGUGAAAGAUUUCAAGGGACAACUGUUCUGUGUAAAACUGAGGAUGGAGAUGUUAACAUCAAGAUGCUUUACACUGAAAAAAGUGAUUUCUCUUCAGGAUCAGGUGACAUAAUUCUUGGUGGCAGUCAUGGUAACAUUUCAGCUGAAUCAAAAAGAGGGAACUUGACAGUAGGUUCUCUUGACGGCAGUCUGCAUGUUAAUCUAGAAAAUGGAUCAGCCGAUGUAUUUGUAGCUAAGUCAGAAAACGUCUUCAUUGAUACAAAGCAGGGUGAUGUAACUCUCAGAUUGCCAGAAAGAGCUAGCUACAGCCUUGACCUUAAUGCACUACAAGUUGAGAAAGAUGACAUCUUCAGCAGAGAUACAGACCAACAAGGAAAUGAGUUCCUGAGCCCGGUCUCAAGUCACAAAAUUACGGCAACAGCAUUGAAAGGGAAAAUAUCUCUAAAAACACAAGACUGGUUGUCUUCACUGAAGCUGAACUUUGUUUCAGAUCCAUAAACUUUUAAAACUAGCGUCUUGUGUUAUCAUGUCUAUUAUGUUUAGGUCCAAAGAACGGUCUGUGGCGAACGGAAAAGUUAUACAUUUAAAGUGAUUGAAUGUGAAGAAUUAUUUUAAUGUAAAAAUUAAAAUUAAAAAAUAGUAUUGAAAAAUCGGUAAAUAUAGAUACCUAAACAGGAGGGGCGACUAUGGGUUUCGGUUUAAGGCUAACAUUAUUCUGAAGCUACCAAAGUCACUGUGCAUCCUCAUUGCGACUUGUAACUUCUAGGGCCAAUAAAUACUGCAUGUGAA